AUGGUGCAAUACGCAGAGACUGUGCAUUUAAAGACAGAGGAUUUUCUGGACCACGAUGACGGCUGGCUCUUCAGCCAUUUGUCUUCCAAGGUCAAUCUUUUUGGAACUGUGCGUGGAGCUGCGGCUGGUCUUGGAGAGCGACACAGCGAGGAGUUGUGUGCUGCCCGUACACAUACAGCUGCUGACCAUACUGGGGUUCCUAGCAAUAAGGGCAUUCCAGAUGAAGCUGGCAGACCCAUUGGGACUGUACCAGUCCACCCUAAGCUGAGCCAUGCCAGCUGUUGUGUGUGCAGCAGCUGCGGAGCUUCUUCAGACCCUCUGCCCUUCAUUCAGAUGGUUCACUAUAUCUCCACCACUUCUCUGUGUAACCAGGCUGUGAAGAUGCUGGAGUCAAGAGAGAAGGCAACUCCAAGCAUGUUUGGAGAACUGCUACGAAACGCUAGCAUGGGAGACCUGCGCAGCUGUCCUAGUCAGUGUGGUCAGCAGCUUCGCAUGGCUCGUGUCCUCCUCAACAGUCCAGAGAUCAUCACCAUCGGUCUGGUCUGGGACUCUGAUCAUUCAGAUCUGGCUGAGGACGUCAUCCACACGCUGGGAACCUGCCUGCGUCUUGGAGAUCUGUUUUACAGAGUGACGGAGGAAAAAGCCAGACAGUCAGAGCUCUACCUGGUAGGAAUGGUCUGUUAUUACGGGAAACACUACUCCACCUUCUUCUUCCAGACCAAAAUCAGAAGAUGGAUGUACUUUGAUGAUGCUCAUGUGAAAGAGAUUGGCCCCAAGUGGAAGGACGUGGUUUCUCGCUGCAUCAAGGGCCACUACCAACCUCUGCUACUGCUGUAUGCUGACCCGCGUGGGACGCCAGUGUCCAUGCAGGACCUGCCGUCUCGCCUCGACCUCCAACACCUGAACAUGACCUGCUACGACAGCGAAGACUCGGGUCGAGAGCCAUCCAUUUCCAGCGACACUCGAACCGACUCGUCCACAGAGAGCUGCUCAAGCAGACAGCCCUGCCACUCCCACCACGAGUCCCUGGCGAGUCACUACUCGUCUGACUCCCAGGGAACCGUCAUCUGCAUGGAAAAACCCGACAGAACCCUGCACACCUCCCUCUGCAGUCUGGAUACCUUAGGUCAUGUGGCGGACGGUGAGCAGUACCAGCCUCAGAGGAAAACAGGCGGGGUCGGGGAUAGGAGGCGGAGCUAUAGCCGAUACCGGCGAGCUAAACCUGACAAUGAAGCUUCGUCAGCGGGUUACCACAGUGAGGGUAGGCAGAGUUUGGACCUAUGA